UUCUGACUAGAACCCUUCUUCAGCAGAGCUGGGUGAGGGCAACCUCCAUAGAGGAACCAACUGAAGUGAUAUUCCACAGCGAGAACAUGAGAUAACUGGACAGAGGGUAUAAGAUAUUUCCUAUAUACAUAAGCAAAGGGAGCAUCGUGUUCAAGAGCCAAAGGACAAAGGGCAGUGUGCAAAAAAAGUGAGCAAAGUGAGGUUGCGCAAAGCUGGGGAAGAGGAAGCUGAGGGUAGGAAGGAAGUAGAGGUCUGUUGUUGCGAAGGACUGCUUGCUCUGUGGGAAAGGCUGUCUGCUUGAUUCUGCACCGCUAGAGACUGAGCUGCGAUCACAUCUGCACUUCAGACAGAUCCUCUGACAAUUUGAAGAGGACGAGAGCCAAAGCCUCAGAACGCGGUCACCAUCGCUGUGUCCUCCAGAGCCUUGUUCCGAAUGGAUGAGGAGCAGAGGAUCUACACAGAACAGGGUGUCGAGGAGUAUGUGCGAUACCAGUUGGAGCAUGAGAAUGAGCCCUUCAGCCCCGGGCCCGCCUUCCCCUUUGUGAAGGCCCUGGAGGCUGUCAACAAGCGACUUCGGGAGUUGUACCCCGAUAGCGAAGAUAUCUUUGACAUUGUCCUCAUGACCAACAACCAUGCUCAAGUGGGAGUUCGCCUCAUCAACAGUAUCAACCAUUAUGACCUGUUCAUUGAACGAUUCUGCAUGACAGGUGGGAAUAGCCCCAUCUGCUACCUCAAGGCCUACCACACCAACCUCUACUUGUCAGCUGAUGCAGACAAAGUGCGAGAAGCCAUUGAUGAGGGGAUUGCAGCUGCUACCAUCUUCAGCCCUAGCAGGGACGUGGUUGUGUCCCAGAGUCAGCUCCGAGUGGCCUUCGAUGGGGACGCGGUACUCUUCUCUGAUGAGUCAGAGCGCAUUGUCAAGGCCCAUGGGCUGGACAGAUUCUUUGAGCAUGAGAAGGCCCAUGAGAACAAACCUUUGGCGCAGGGCCCCCUAAAGGGCUUCCUGGAAGCACUGGGUAGACUGCAGAAGAAAUUCUAUUCCAAGGGCCUGCGGCUGGAGUGCCCGAUUCGCACUUACUUGGUGACGGCGCGCAGUGCGGCCAGUUCCGGAGCCCGGGCCCUCAAGACCCUGCGUAGCUGGGGCCUGGAGACGGAUGAGGCCUUAUUCCUAGCUGGAGCACCCAAGGGUCCCCUUCUGGAGAAGAUCCGCCCACACAUCUUCUUUGAUGACCAGAUGUUCCACGUGGCUGGAGCUCAGGAGAUGGGCACCGUGGCCGCCCAUGUGCCUUAUGGUGUGGCUCAGAAUGCCCGGCGGGCUGCCGCUGCGAAGCAGCCACUAGGUGCACAGUAGCUGAGCCGCCUUGCUCCAAGCCCCCGUCACACUUCUGAACCUCAUCUGGUGAACUUUUUCUGGCUCCUCAUUGUCCACCCUACCGCAUGCCGUGCCAGGUACUCUUAGAAAGUUACGAAGACAGAGCCAGCAGUCUCGAAAUCUCUUUCCCGCGAACACUCCUAUGACCCUGGCUAAAAAGCAGGACUUUGCAGGGUAGCCCAGAUUUCAGGGAGUAAUUGGUGGGACUGAGAGUGAUGUCCUCAGAGAAGCCAGGGUGCCUAAGGGCUUGGGAUGAAAAAAAAUGUCUCAUAUAGUGCAAAGAACAUUGUGUGAAAGUGGGCAGAUUUAACAUCUAAGGGAGACCUGGCAUGAACGGCAUGCCUUAAGUCCCUCGUUUCCUAAGCCUCAUUUACUUCCAUCUUUUAGGAGGCUUCCAAUUUGUUCUUCAGCCAAAGAAGCUUUGUUUUAAAAGAUUAUGUACUAAAUUAAUCACUGUGCUGGGGCUGCUGGUACCUAUGGCACCUGUGUAGAUACAAAACGUAGGACAUAGGCUAGAUUCCAGCCCUUUGCCCCUCAACCGUGAGGCCCAGUAUGCACAGUGGAACAAUGUGCGUGUGGAAAAUAUGCCCAGCGAUGCACAGAAGCUCUGUAUAUAUUUUCCCGUGUUUAGGAACCACUGCAUAAGAUGACCUUUGCUUGCUGUGAUUUGCUAACCUGAGCUGUGGAGUGGAAGAUUUGUCUGAAGAAGUGAAGGGAGGAGUGUUGACUACAUGCAAAUUCUCCUGUGGCCAGCAGGGGGCACUGCAGGCUCUCCCUGGAGAAGGCUUUAGCCGCUUACUAACUCUGGGUUUCCUUUGCCUUCAGCUUUUAGGCAAAGUUCAGCGAGUCCUGUCUGCCAAGCUCCUCACCUCAGUCCUGGGUCUGCCAGUCACUUCUACCCGCCAUGCUAUAAAGAAGUUCUCUUAGCAGUGAAAGGACUCUAGCCCUAAAUUUGGAGAAAGCAUAGGCUCUAAAGCAAGUCGUUGUCCAGGCUGAACCUGAGGUGUAGUUGUUACAGAUGUGGGAAGUGUCAGGUCUGUUCUGAAACCAAAGAUGCUAAGGAAGUGAUAGCUUAGAGAGGAAUGAGCUGAAUGUGCAGGAGCUGCGGAGGGCCGGAGGAGAGGAGCCUGGAGGUAGGGUGAAGGGCAUCCGGGGACUUUAACCUCUGUCCUUCUAGGCAUUUGAAUCAGGAUCUGAAUGAGUACAUGCUCUGGGUAGUGUGUCCCGGAGUGACAGCUGCAGGAGGGAGGAAAAAGAAGAGCAAGGAUUUCCGGAAAUGAGCACCAGCUUGGGCCAGAAGAGAAACCCUGGGCCAGGCUACCGUGUCUGUGUCAUGCAGAUGCUAUUCCUGGAAGGAACAUAAGGUUGACGCCCACCACAGCUGCUUUGUGGAGACACUGGCAUUAUUGCAGCCAGAAGGGCAUGGGGUGAAGGUGUCUUAACACAAGGUCAUUUUCAUCUUUAUAACCAGGACAUCAGAGGAGGCCUGGGGGUAGAACAGAGUCUGUGAGGGGGUUCCGGCACUUCUGGUACCCCAUGCCUGGCCAGAGAUGCUGUGUGAUCGAAGAACAGCUGUAAGGAAAGGAAACCCGGUGAGAGAGGAAGCUCAGCCUCAGGGCGCUUCCCAUCUUCACACAACAGCCCCUCGAAGGGUCUCAGCAGAAGCCCACGGUCACAAGAAGCUUGUAAGGAUGUGCAGAGCAGAGGCUCACAGAUUGUCCUGGCUUGUCCAGUCAGAAAAGACCUGGGAACUGUGGAGACAGCACCAGAUGGUGCUGAAUUUGGGGUCUGGGAUGCAUGAGGUUUAGUGCCCGGGGCCUGGUCAUGAAGGCUUGCAAACCCUCCCAGGUUUCCCAGGAAACAGGAAUGGUGCCAUUCGAGAAGCAAGACGAUAAGGUGCAGGAGGAAAGGACUGUGGCUUUCACUGGAGCCACCAUUAAUAGAUACGGACAGCACUUGACAGCACAGAACGGUCCAAAUUCUAUUACUGAAACCACAGAUGAGCAUCUCAGGCCUGGACAAAAGCUUUUGAAGCUGGAACAAGGGGCCAGAAGUCCUGGGGGCAGGCUCUAGCUGCAGCCAGACAGUUCUGAGGGCCUCCAGAGCUGAAGAGGAAGGAGCCUGGCAGCAUGAAGCUUUCUUUAUUGUGUUACCAGGAAAUCUAAAAACCAACUGAGCAACAAGACCCCAGGCAAAGGCUCAGACUGCAGCACUGAGGUAGAGGAGCCACUGCUCCCAGAACACUGGACCCCUUUAGCUGGAAGUACCACAUCACUAGGUCUGGCAGAGCACCCCUCCUAGAAAGUGCUUGCCAACAGAAUCCCAGGCCCAGUGGUACGGCCGCUCAGCAGAACAGUAGCUCUGUUUGUUAUUAAGCAUGGAGGCUGCUAAGAUUACUACAGAACUCCCUGCAGGGGAGGGAGAUGUAGUUGGACAUCUGGCUCAGUCGGUAGAGUGCUUGCCUGCUGAAUUCAAAAGCCUGGAUUCAACUCACAGCAAUGCAUAAGCUAGGGAUGGUGACACACACCUAUACUUCUCACACCAGAGUGAUGAGGGCAGGGGGAACCCGAAGGUCAAGGUCAGCUGCACAGCCAGUCCACAGCCAGGCUGAAUUAAAUGAGACCCCACCACAGAAAGAAGAAAGCAAACCUUCCCCUACGUGAAGGCCCAACUGCGUUUGUGGGAAUGUAGCAGAAUACGCUACAAAGAAAAUAGAAGCUAGCAAGAUGUUCAAAUCCAAAAUGGACUUGAUGUUACCCCUCUGUUCAAUUAGUGUGUAUCCAUUCAGUCAAAACGAUGAUUAGAAUCUGAAAUGUGGCAAAUAGCUCUGCCCCAAGUCCCUGAGUAUCCCUUGAUAACGUCAGCUGCCCACACCUCUCCACUGGAAAUGCAUUUUACGGUAAUCCAGCGUGCCUGAGGAUGUACCAGUACCGUGGCCCAUGUCUAAUCCCUUGAGAUAUCCUGACCAUACAGAUUCGGGGAACUACCAUUACUUGCUCAGUGUUACCCAGCUAGCAGAUGUCAGUGCUGGGACAACAAAGCUACCCUCUGGAAUGUUCCAGAAUCCACUACAAACAUGGCCAGCUGUCCUACCUACUGUCGUGGUUGCAGGUCACCAUCCCAUCAUGAUAGUCCCCCUUACAAAGCCCAGGCGUGGCCUCAGAUACUGCAGGUAGCAUUUCAGGCAGCCUGUCCCAGAUGGAGGUGGCAUGAAAGUUGGAACCUGGUUUACUAACUGCCCUUGAGGACCAUUGCUUUCCCUCAGGCUUGCAUGGUCUUUGAUGGUCCCUCACUGAUGCUGUGGUACAGCUCCAAGGAGGCCAGCUUCUCACAUGUCUCCAGCAGAAUACGAGGAUGAGAAGGAAGAGGAGGAGGAUGAGGAGGAAGAGAAGGAGGACGAGGAGGACCAUUGGCCCCAUGACUAGCAACUUUGCUGGAAAGGGUACCUGAGACAAAGUAUCCUGAGUUCUACCCUUAGGGCAAGGUGCAGAAACCUCUCUUGCCAGUAGGUGACACUGCAGGCUGGCCCUCAGCUCUCUCCUUCUAUGCUGAUUACUGUGCUGGAUUCUAGCAGCCAAAAAGGACUUCAGGUGCUCUGACAAUGUUCGUGAAACAUCUCUGUAUGAUGAGCUGGUGGCUCUCACCGAAAACCACUGUGAUGGUGUGUAUGGAGAAACAUGUAUGAAUGUGUACAGACUGAGUGUGUGUUUAUGGGUGUAACAGCUCGUAUUUUUCUGCUGAUGACUCAGUAUGCAAGUGUGUCUGUGUCUCUGUGUAUCACGCACACUUGCAAGCUUGGAGUGUGAACAGAUGGUUCUGUUAUUUGAGGAUCCGGGGCCCCACAUGCUGAUGACCAGUCCUGGGGACUCUCAUCUCAUGGGCAUUGCAUGUGCAUCACCUGAGGCUCCCCCUGUCCCCGGAGGUCUCUCAGUCUUCCUCUCUAGCUUUCUGCUUCUUGUUCCACUUCUGUUGCCUCUGACCUCUCUGCCUCCUACCAGUGUGGCUCUGCAGCUUUGGGGAGGAAGUGGCAGAAUCUGCCUCCACCUGACUCAGUCUCCACACAUCUCUUCCCUCCUUCCAACAGUGCCAGGGUUAAUAUGGUCCGAUUAGGAGCUAUCUCAUGGCCGCUGCUUAGAAAGCUGACUUCCUUCUGGGCCUCCUGCUCUUGCCAGACAUGCUUUACCUUUGACCUUGCCUGGGAAGUGUCUCCAUGAUGCUCCCCACCUCACCCCCAACCCAGAAGCUUUAGAGAUUGAAUGAGUCAUGUUUGCAAAAUGAGAGCUUCUCUAAGACGAGCCAAAACUCAGCAAGCUGUUGUCACACUCCUGGCCAAGGCUGAAUAUGCCUUCAUGGCUGUCUGCCACUGCUCAUGGCUAGGCUUAUAGCUGACACUGAUCACAAGGUUGUCAAGGUCAUUGCAAACAUACUGUGUGUGUUAGGGGUCACAAACGCUAUGUCUACAGGAGUCACACAGGAAACAGGCACAGGCAUUGGGCAAGGUCUUGAGAAGAAAAAUAGCAUCAAGAGCCCAACAUACCCUGCUGUGUAGGAAUUUGGGCCAGUGGGCCCUGGUGUUCCAUCCUAUUUUGUUUUGUUUUGUUUUGUUUUGUUUUCUGAGAAAUUAGAAAUCUGAGCUUUCAAUUACUGGCAACCAUUUCAAGUUUAGAAAACUUUGUACAGUCCAAAAGAAGCUUAUGUUGUUAGCCAAAUCCACCCCUCCGAUCUCCGACCUGUUCUUUCUGCCGGAAACCCAGUGAAUUGGGGCUUUUAGAGCUAAGUUACUGAGAAUGGAAGUGACAUUACUCUCAGAAUCAUAGCUUGGGGUUUUAAGAGACCUUAGAGAUGCCAUAAAAUAUCCCUGGUGUGUUUUAAGUGCUGGAGUACAAGCUGGGCUUGGAAGUACACACCUGUUAUUCCAGCACAAAAGAACCUGAGAUUGGAGGAUGCUAAAUUCAAGGCCAUCCUGGCCUAUAUAUCAAGACUCUUAAAAAAAAAAACAUGAAUAAUACUGAAUAUGGUUGGUGGUACAUGCCUUUAACCCCUGCACUCUGGAGACAGAAGUAGGUGGAUCUCUGUGAGUUCAAUGCCAACCUGGUGUACAUAGCAAGCUCCAGGAUUGUCAAUGUUAUGCAACAAAGUCAUGUUUUAAAAAUAAAACAAACUGGGCUGUGGUGGCUCACACCUUUAAUCCCAGCACUCAGGAAGCAGAAGCAAGUAAUCUCUGAGUUCAAGGCCAGCCAGGGUCUCACUCUGCCUCUCUAAUCUACAGAGUGAAUUCCAUGAAGCCCAGGGCAAUGCAAAGAAACCAGGUCUUGAAAACAACCUAAACAAAACAAAACAAAAAAACAAAUGAAUGGACACAGACUUUAUUUUUAAAAUAACACACACCUAUAAAUGUGACUUCCAAUUUCCACUUUCAACAGUGUCUGAGUAUCCUCUACUUAGAACAAGAUCAAGGACAAACCCACACACCUAACAGUGGCCCCCUCCCUGUCCCCAUUCUCUGCUGUGCCUCCCGGCUCCUUCUGACCUGUCUGCCUUGCUAUUUGGCAUAAACCCCCAAGAGUCUCGUUGGAGAGCUAGAGCAUGUGCUCCCCUGUCCCUGUGAAGUCCUUACCUGGGACAAGAGUGGGCGCACACCUUCCUUGGUGCUGCUCCUCAGCAAUGUGGGGGAGGGGCUGCUGUCUGCUCUUUCCGGGUCAUUUGACAAAGGAUGCUACAUGCUUUAUUACUGUGAGUCCCGUCCCUCAUGCUCGUCCUAUGCCUUCGUUUUACAAGGGCUUCUGCUGCUUAAAAGCCAUUCAAAUAAACAGCCAUUCAAAUAAAUAGCCAUUCAAAUAAAUAGCCAUUCAAAUAUA